AUGGGAGACUCUCAACCACAAGAUUCCAAAAAAAGGGCAGUGUAUGAAGCAUGGACAAAGGAACAAAGUGAUGCCUUGUUAGAAAUUCUGUUUAACUCUGGUUUUGGCUAUGACAACAACACCAAAAAAUUCACGGCCUCAGAUGAAGUAUGGGAUGCGUAUAUAGAGGCUCACCCAAAAGAUGCAUACUUACGCACUGGGAGUUUUUCGGAUUUUGGAGACUUGGGGAUUGCUGUUGGAAACAGUGUGGCUGUAGGAAGAAACGCAAUUGGAUUGGGCAGUGCUACUAAUGCUAGGACAAUAGGAGUUGAUGAAAGUAGAGGUCCGAACAUAGAGGAGUUGAAUUACGAUGCUGAGAAUGAGGCGUUUGUAGUACUGGGUCAAGAUGAUCCACCGUUAUCCGGCUCCAAAUCACCCGUGGCAUUCACUGAAGUGUCUGUGGAGUCCACUCAGAGAAGAGCUCCCGCCAAAAGAAGCAGAGGCCAGUUUGAGACAAAUUCAGGCCACACUGAAAAUAGUUCGCAUCAGGAGUUCAUGGCAGAAAUUAAUAAAAUCACUAGCACAAUGGAUCGAGUUGAAAGCCUCUUCGUGAAACGAGAUACUAUGCUGGAAAGAAGAGAAAAAGAAAAAAGUUAUACAACUUGGGAUGCUAUCAAAGAAAUUCCUGAUUUGAGUGACGAUGCCCGCAUGAAAGCAUUUGACUUGCUUGUUACAAAGUCACAAAAAGAUGGAUUUAUGAAAAUGACUGUUCCUGAACGUAAAAGAUGGAUAGAAUCCAAGAUUAAGGAUUAG